GCCACCAGUUUGACUUCAUCAGAACUUUAUUAAAGAUAUAAUAUAAAGGUUUAUUUUUAUUGUAUUCUACCGCUGUCAGAAAUAUGGACAUUUCAAACGUUGACAGAAACUUCUGAACUCCCCCAAGUGUGCCGUCUUGGAUUGUGCCGCUUUCCCGCAAUACGGUGGAUUUUUAACUUGCUUUUCGAGUGAACUGUCAGUGAUAUAAGUAGGAGGAACCUUAUUUGGGUAAAGCAGCAAUAGAGAGUGUCACAGAUAGAGUCAAGAGUUUCUUCUGGAUUACUGAAGAGCCAGCGGCAUACAUGUACAACUACGGUAACCCGGGCAGAGGAAUCGAUCGGUCCUUCCCAGAAAGCAGCUCCGGAUCAUCAGGCUCGAGCUCCGCGUCUGUCGCUACAACCACCGGCACUACCCAGCAACAACAGCAGAAGUAUUCUGUGGCAGGAUCCAGUCAGUUUGUGCCCAGUCUCAAUGCCAUAACUUCAAACCAGAGCCUUCAAUGGAUGCUUCAGCCUUCAAUAGGCACCCCAGGACCAUCAAGGCCGCUUCGGUCUUCCUACCCACUGCCACCAGGGAUUCCAGCCACCAUGAAUCCUCCUCAACCCUCGCAAUCACAUCUGUCCCGCCCUGGUGUUAUCAGAGCAGCUGCGGCAAUUGGCAGCACAACAAGAAGAAACGAUGAAUAUCUCUCUCCUGAGGAACUUGAGCGGCGCAGAAUUCGAAGGGAACGCAACAAAAUGGCUGCAGCGAAGUGUAGGAACCGUCGACGAGAACUGACAGACACUUUACAAAAUGAAACCGACCAGUUAGAAGAUGAAAAGUCCCGUCUGCAGAAGGAAAUCUCUGACCUCCAGAAGGAAAAGGAGAAGCUUGAGUUGGUCUUUGAGGCUCACAGACCCAUCUGCAAAGUCCAGGAAUCAGACUCCGACUCCGACUCCAGCAAUGACAUCCCAACACUCAGCGGAAUCAAGAUUGAACCUGUGGACCCUGAUCUUCCUGGACCCUCCAGCGAAUCUAAGCAUUACGCCAAGCUCAACAAGCCCAAGCCCAAAAUUACCAUCCCGCCCCCUCCUUCAGCUUCCUCCAUUACUGGCAUAUCUCUAGAAUCAGAGUCCCUUCACACUCCUGUCCUCAUCUCUACACCAUCCCUGACUCCAUUUACCGCCAGCCUGGUCUUCAGCUACCCGUCGUCUUCACUGGAUACUUCAUCCCAAGCCCUCAACCUGGUCACGUCUCAUCAGUCUUCCCAGAACCCUCAGCCGUGUGCCGUCGCUCACAGGCGCAGCAGCAGCAGCGGAGACCAGUCUGAUCAUUCCCUCAAUUCACCCACAAUCCUGACCCUCUGAUCGAUCGGCUGCUGAGAGGGGAAAGUGUGUUCAUAACCUCCAAAAGUUUCCUUACUACUACAGACAAGCAAAUACAAGUACUGUGCAUGUUAUGUAUGUGGUAUUCUGUUUACCUUUACUAAUGGCAAUUAUCUAGCAACUUGAACGCAUUAUAAGCAUACGGAAGCACUAGGAAUAAGGUAGAGCUGCACAAUUAAUUCGU